AUGGAAUGCAGAACGGCCGCCCACGAAGCAGGAGCCAUCGCCACUUGGUUCGACGAUGAGCUCAUCGUGAGACAGCUUCUCGACAAUGACUUCGCUUUCUAUUCGCCACCAGGACCAAACCCAAUCCCCGCCGAAGAAUUGGCAACUACCCAAAUCAUGCAGUCUACUCUGCGUUCACCGCCGACGGUUCAGGAAAUUCAAGCCCAAUGGAUGAAUCAGCAACCCGAAUCAGUGUCUGAUUCUGGGUCGGUUUUGGUUUCUCCUUCCAGGUUCGAAUCGCCAAUUCUGAAGAUAUCCAAUUGCGCUUUCUCUGGGGAUGCUCUGUUUCCGUUCUUGAAAAAAACAGAGUUCCUCUGUUUUUUAGCUUUCUUUUGGGUUAAUUGCAGAGUUAGCUUGCGUGAGAGGGGAAUUAACAGAAUCGACAGCAACAAGUACACUGUGAAGCUCAAGUGGUGCGAGAAUGGAAUGGCGGAUGACGGCUAUAAAUGGAGGAAAUACGGACAGAAGUCCAUCAAAAACAGCCCCUACCCCAGGAGCUAUUACAAAUGCACAAAUCCACGGUGCAGCGCCAAGAAGCAAGUGGAGAGGUCGAGGGACGAAGAAGACAUAAUCAUCAUCACCUACGAAGGCCUCCAUCUACACUUCGCUUACCCCUUUUUCCCGGCCAUCCCUGACGGCGGCGGCGAUAAUCCUCCGACGCCGAAAAGGCCCCGAACAACUUCCCCGGGAACAGAGUCAGGAGAACGAUUCCGGGAAGAACCGCGGCCAGGGACAGAGUCGGCAAGUUCAGUUCUGACUUAUGGUAAUGGCGGAGAUUCUGAUGGAUUGUUUUUUAUGAAUGCCGCUCCCCAGGGACUGCUCGAAGAUUUGGUGCCGUUUGUGGUCAGGAACCCGGCGCCGUUGUUGUCAUCCUCUUACGCUGGUGACGGUGUUAGUAAUAAUAAUAGCCUCUGCUCCAACUCUUCUAGCUCUUGUUCGUCUCACCGGUCUUCGUCGGUUACUUCUUCGCCUUCUUGCUUUUCUUGGUCACCGGAAUCCCUAUCAUUCCUGUGACCGAUGUUGGACCAACAUCAAAUUUAGUUGUAUAUUUAGAAUUUAGGUCAAUCCAUAUUUUAAUUAGGAUUUCUGGAUA